AUGGUCCAGUGUGUUUCUGUCAGGAUGUCACAGAAGUCUGGAAUGGCACUCGUCUCUUUGUUUCUUUUGUUUUUGGACUUUCAGCUGGGCUCAGGAGCCCCUGCUCCAGCUGCAGGCCCAGUGUUUCUCUCCGGUCAGGCUGCCGACAGCGUUCUGCGGAGACACAAACGUUAUAACACUGGUGUGUUUGAGGAGCUGCUGCAGGGCAACUUGGAAAGAGAGUGUAUAGAGGAAGUAUGUGACCUGGAAGAAGCAAGAGAGACAUUUGAGAAUGAUGAAAAGACUAUGGAGUUCUGGGCAGGAUAUGUAGAUGGAAAUCAGUGUAAACCAAACCCAUGUCUGAACGAGGGGUCAUGUAAAGACCAAGUUGGCGACUACACUUGCACAUGUGUGUCUGGAUUCACUGGCAGGAACUGUGAGAUUGUUGUAGCAAGAAGAUGUGAUGUUAAUAACGGAGACUGUAUGCAUUUCUGUGAAUCAAUGGGAACCUUUGGGGCGAAAUGCUCCUGUGCGACAGGAUACAAGCUGAUGCAGGAUGGAGUCAGCUGUGAAGCAGAAGUUGAAUUCCCGUGUGGCAGAACAGCCCUGAAAACGGCAAGCACAGUAUUUACAAGGUCUUUGUUCAACUAUGGGAAUUCCAGCCUACAGAACAACACUUCACUGACCACCACCACCACAUCCCCUCCCUCGACUCUGGCCGCGAGCGCUGAGGAUUACCAGGCCACAAAUGAUACCGAGGUCGACACGGCGUUCUUCUUUCUGCAGCCAUCUCGGCCUUUUAAACGCAUCGUCGGUGGUCAGGAGGUGGUUCCAGGAGAAAUCCCAUGGCAGGUAGCCUUAGUGGCACGCUCCAGCGGUCAGUUAUUCUGUGGGGGCUCCAUUCUCAGCGAACGCUGGAUUAUUACUGCUGCUCAUUGCCUGGUGGAGGCAGGAGGCUCUUUCUCAAUCAGAGUGGGGGAGCAUAACAUCCAUAUCAACGAGGGCACAGAGCAGGAUUAUGACGUGUUGGAGCAGCACGUACACCCACGCUACAACGCUACUGUGAGCCUGUACAACCACGACAUCGCCCUGAUCUAUCUCAAAACCUCCAUCACCUUCUCCACAACAGUGCGACCCGUCUGCAUAGGGCCCAAGGCUUUCACCGAGGCCUUGGUGAAGGGCUCCUCCCCGGCCACAGUCAGCGGCUGGGGGCGAACACGCUUCCUCGGAGCCACGGCCAGCACCCUGCAGAAAGUCGAGGUUCCCUUCACAGAUCGGACAGAGUGUAAACACAGCAGCAGCGCCAGGAUCACUUCUGUCAUGUUCUGCGCAGGAUACUAUGACGAGGCCAAAGACGCCUGUCAGGGCGACAGCGGAGGUCCUCACACAAACAGCAUUCAUGACACAUGGUUCCUGACAGGCAUCGUGAGCUGGGGGGAGGAAUGUGCCAAAGAGGGGAAAUAUGGCGUGUACACCCGGCUGUCUCUUUAUUACCGCUGGAUAAACCAUGUGAUGGGAUUAACCAAACACAGGCUGGCAGUUGAUUUGGAAGAUCCUGACCCUUAAGUUUAAAGAUUAGAGAUUUUGAAAAUACAGAUGUAUUGCAUGUCAAAUACAGUAUAUGUUAAAAAAAAAAUGGCAAGCUAUUUUUACUUGUGUGCUAAAAGAAUUGGAAGCCAGUGGAAUCUGAACACACAACUGGAAGGUCUAAAAUCUGCAAAAAGCAACAGACCCAUACAAGUCUAACAUGAUCUUUUUGAAGAAACUGACAAACCUGAGCAGUAGGGCUUCUACUUUUUGCUUUAAAGAAGAUGUCCAAAAAAACCCA